AUGGCACCUACAAUUCCUCCCUUCUCCGACCUCCCAGUAGACAAGAAUGGCCCGCGUGGCAACGCAUGGGGUGUGUGGGGACCCAACGACCAGAUCGGGACACUAAAUCACCUCACUCCAGACGUGGUCGCUCGCGCAGCCAAAGAGGAGAUCAGAACUGGUCGACGAAUUUCUCUCAACUGGUCGAUGACUGGACUUUCAAAUCCAAAAACAGGCAGGAAAGGGCUGGAGGUCAAACUCGUCAAUAAAGAGCCACUCAAGGUUGCCCAUGAUGACGAGUUGUCGUUCAACUCUCAGAUCAGUUCGCAGUGGGAUGGGUUUAGACACUAUGGGUACCAGCAAGAAAAGAUGUACUUUAUGGGCCACGUAGCAGAGGAUUUCCAGACUUCCACCGUCAAUGGCAUUCAUCCAGACAUAGCCAAGCAAGGAAUAGCCGGUCGAGGUAUCCUAAUCGACUGGUACAAAUGGGCCACAGAGCAAAGGCACCUCCCCAUCGACACCUUCACACCAUACACCAUCACAUUCCCAUCCCUCAUGGAAGCCGCUCAAUUCCAAGGCCUAUCCCAGGCUGACUUUCGACCCGGCGACAUUCUCUUCAUCCGAAGUGGCUACGUGCAUCAAUACGAAACACUCACAGACGAACAACGAGAGGUCCUCAGCGAGCGGUACCAACACCAAAAACCAGAAAACAUCGGCGUCGAGCCAUCAGAGGCAUUUCUCUCGUUUCUUUGGGAUGGACGAUUCGCGGCGGUAGCGGGGGAUUCGCGGUCAUUUGAGGUGUGGCCGUGUACAGUUCCCCAGUGGCAUCUGCAUGAAUGGCUGUUGGCGGGAUGGGGAAUGCCGAUUGGGGAGUUGCUUGAUUUGGAGGAGUUGAGUGCGGUGUGUGCGGAGCUGGGGAGGUAUACCUUCUUUCUAUCGAGUGAGCCGUUGAAUGUCCCUGGGGCUGUUGCAAGUCCACCAAACGCUCUGGCAUUCUUCUAA